GUUCGAUCCUACCUGACUCUGGCCAACCAGACCGUUAAAUUGCUCUUUCACCUCACUAUGGAGAUCAAAGAGCCCUUUUUGCGACCAGAGAUAAUCGGCAAGUUGGCCGCAAUGCUGGACUACAAUCUGGUUCAGUUGUGUGGCCCGCAGUGCAGCAGCCUUAAGGUGCGAGAUCCUGAGAGCUACGGUUGGGCGCCUAAGCGUCUUUUGGCCCACAUCACGGCCAUAUACGUGCAUCUGGACACCUCCGACAACCGCUUCGCCAUGUCCAUUGCGGAGGACGAGCGCAGCUACUCUCCCCAACUUUUCACCAAGGCACACAGUCUGAUGACCCGUCAUGGAAUUCAGACGCCUGACUAUUUGACCAGUUUCUCCGCCCUCACUGAAAAGGUCCUAGAGAUGCAUGAACGAAAGAAUCAGAUGGAGCUGGACUACGGCGAUGCACCGGCAGAAUUCUGUGACACGCUGAUGGACACUCUCAUGAGUGAUCCCGUGAUGCUUCCGGGUUCCCAUUCUGUUGUGGACAGGAUGCCCGAACUGAAACAGAGGAUAGCAGACUGGAAGAAGUCGCGGGAACAGGAAUUGCGUGGCCGUCAGGCGACCGAAUAA